GGAAGCAAUGUGGAUAGCAGCUGUGUGCUGCGGGAAUCCCGGCGCAGGAAGACGGUUUGGCAGGCCUGGCAAAAGAAGGCCCUGCUAUCAGCUUUCUGCAAGAACCAAUACCCGAGCUUCUGGGACAGGCAGGAACUGGCCAGGCAAAUACAGCUCCCUGCGUCCCGCAUCCGAGUGUGGUUUCAGAACCAAAGAAGUCGCACUGGAGUGGCGAGGCACGGCCCAAAGCGGUCCAGCAGAGGCUCCAUUCCGCUAGCCUCACAACAACUCGAGGAAGGGUUUGGCUCCAGGUCACAAGGUAGCAGCAUGCCCUCGGACAGCAGAAGGCCUCGCACUCGACUCAACUUGCAACAGCGCAGGAUCCUAGUACAAGCCUUUGAGAGGAACCCGUUGCCAGGCUUUGCUACCAGGGAGCAGCUGGGGCAAAGGACAGGUUUGAAUGAGGACACGAUCCACAUAUGGUUUCAGAACAGAAGAGCGCGGCAAGCCCGCGCUCCAGAUCAAGAUGUGCCUGCUUCACAAGUGCAGGAUGUGGCAACUGGAGGUCUCAGUGGCAAGGAUGAGGCAGCACCGGACAACCUGUUAUUGAUGGCUGCUGCAGGAGGUGUGGGCAUGGAGAACUCGAGCUCCAGCGACCAGCCCCACUUCCACGAAGAGUCCCAGCAUCCCCAAGUGGCACUGCCCGAAGGACGAGGCCAAUCACAGACAGCCACUCAAGCAUACGAGCCAGGAACUCUGGAACUACUCCUUGAUGAACUGCUGGAAGAAGACCAAGUGGAGUGUGACAGGCCAUUCCCUGUGGAUCUGGAUGGAAAUCCUGGUUCCCAGCAACCCCAAGUGGCACAGCCUGAAGGACAAGGCCAAGAACAGGCUCUCACUCAGGGAUGCAACACGGGCCCCCUGGAACUCUUCCUGGAUCAACUGCUGAUGGAAGUUCGAGUGGAGACGCACAAAAAAACUAAAGGAUACAUGCUAAGCUCUGCCAAUACAGGGUCAUCUAGUCCUUCAGAAUUCCUGCUUCUCUUAAGAGAGUCUCAGCUACCACAAUGGGCACAGCCUGAAGGACAAGGCCAAGAACAGGCUCUCACUCAGGGAUGCAACACGGGCCCCCUGGAACUCUUCCUGGAUCAACUGCUGAUGGAAGUUCGAGUGGAGACGCACUCCCCAGGCCCUGUACAUCUGGAAGGUGGAGGGCAGCAAAUGGAUGCAACACCUGAGCUGCCUCUCUCUCAAGAAGAAUAUGAGGCUCUGCUGGAUAUUCUCUGA